AUGGAUCCGACACUGCAACGAGGAUCAUUUCAACGCAUUGUUUUGGAUGAAAUAGCUCUGGAGGGCUUGGAAGGAGUAACACUAGAAUCACUAUGGGUUUAUUUGGGUAAAUCGAUGAAUCUACCCCUGCCGUUGCCUGGAAAGCUAACUGAACAGAUAUGGUCAUUUAUUUUACGUGUCCAUAAUCAUUUACAAUUCUAUGAAUUGCCUGUUGAGAGAGAAACAGUUAAACUAUUCGAUAGAUAUCAGCUGGUGGAUUCCGAUUUGGGAGUUCCAAUAACACCGGAUAUUUGUCCAGCCAUUCGUUACAAAUGUGUACCCAUUAGUGAUGGAGAAAUUCUCGGAUCCUGUGAAUUUUAUAAGGAAAGAAAAUUAAUUGCCUAUAGUGAGCUAAAAGAUCUCAAAUGGGAAGAUGUACAAGCGAGAUGGGGUAAGAAAUUCAUAAUUGUGGCAUCUCAAGAGCUGCGCUAUAAAGCAAUUACACCGGAAAAUGUUCCACGACCCAAGGAACUAACCUCUAUACAAUACUGCAUAUGGGAGGCAAUUGGACGUGCACGUUUUAAUGGUGAGACGACAUCGGGAACAUGGUCCUUGACACAUUUCUGCAAAGACUCAACCAUUGUGUUUUAUAUAAAAAACAAAUUGAUACGCCAUGGCGUGGUUGUCAAUCAGCUAUUUAAUGAAAAACGUGGUGACCGGCUGAGUGUAACGACAUUGCUGACCCUGCCUCGUUUUUACAAUACAAAUCGUAGCCGUCUUAUAAAUAUGGUCGAGAAGUUGUUCCUGAUUCUAAAAGAGAAAGAAGAUUACACCAUGCCUCUGGUAGAUGUGCGUACAAUAUUUCCAUCUUUUGAACGGCAAAAGUCUUUGAAGAAGGCAAUGCUAACACAUCUAUUUCGACAGAUCUUUGAGACAAGGUCUGUUCCAUAUAUCGAUAUUCAUCCCAAUGCUAAAUCCAAAGGUGGACCAACAGGAAGAACCGUCACUAUGGUACGUUUACGUUAUCCCGAAAAAUCCAUUGAUGACUUAUUUGAAAAUAUGGAAAAUGAUGAUAAAAUUUCCUUAUUCAUCUUAAAACAUCUUAUCCUUGUAGAUGAAGAUUUUCACAAUGAAAAACAUUCUUACGUUGAUAUGCCUUUGCGUGAAGAAUUUUAUCAAUGUGUGGCAAGAUAUGGAGCUCGUGGCUGCAGUCAAACUGAAAUCUAUCGGCAUAUGGCUAUACAUCAUUUGACCUUAAGGCAAAUGGUCAAACAAAUGGUUUCCGAUGGCCUUGUAAAGUCAUAUUGUCUCGAUGUGGGUCGUCAGAGGGUUAAUAUGUUUGUGGCCGUUGAACAUUCCGAUUCGGUAACGAAAAAAGUCAAAGACUCUAUGGAUGUGCUGCAAAAUUUACAGUGUGACGAGGAACCCAAUAUCCCACAUGAUGACGUACAAUUCACCGAUAUACCACAAAUAGCGGCCCGAAUAAAACCCUAUGAAUAUAAGACGACAACAAAUACAGCACGUGAAAAUCAUAGUCAACGUUUGGUAUCACGCAAGGCAUUCGCCGUUAAAAUGGUAAAUGAGAAGUGUAUACUACCCGUUCUCGAGCUACGAAAACUUCUGCAGAUGCACGAAAAAGAAAUGGGCCUUAAAGAUGAAAUAUGCCAAAAAUCUAUACGCCGAAUGUUACACAAUAUGAGUGAAUCGAAUAUUGUUCGGGUAUAUGAAAUAGUAUUGCAAUGUGAAGAGCAUAUACGUAUACAUCGUUAUGUUACUCAUCCGAAAAUCGAUAUAGAUCAUCAAGUUAUCCGCCAUGAAAUAUUGAAACUGAAAAAUAGUUUCUAUUUAAUUCUCGAGGAGAGACGUUUGCGUACAUUGGCAGCAUUACGGCUGCAAAAUAAAAAGGUCAAAUCAAAUCCCAAGAAAUGCAAAACUAGUGAGACGAAAUUAACGAAAAAUGUUUUUGUACCCCUCAAAGUUCACAAACCACCGAAAUUUCUCAUCUCACGAUAUUUACAUGAAUUUCUAUUUUACAUAGUUGUUGAGCUCAACGAACAGCAGAAACCAUUUGAAAUUAAUAAAGAACUAAUGGAACAUUGGCAAAUAACGGAACCAUCGUUACGCAUACCCGAAUAUAUGGAACAAUUGAAAACCGAGGGUAUCAACGUGAAACCAUUUACCAAGGAUAUAAGCUGGCGUACAUUUAUACAACCACUACCACGCUACUCUGAUAAACCUGCUGGUUGGGUUUAUUUUGUUGAUGCUGUUGAUCGUAUGCCCUUAUCAAUAUUUAAUAAAAUUUUCCACAUUGACAAAGGGGCCGAUGAUCGUUUAACGGCUUUCCUAAAUCACCCGGUUAAGCAGCAUUAUCUUAUGCGUCAACUACCAUCCGAUUUACAAUAUAAAAUUGCUCGUGUCCAAUUGCAGAGGGUGUAUGUUUCGGUACUUAAGCUAUUGAAUCAUAUGGGAUUGAUACAGGUUGGUGAACGACUCAAUGCCAAAGAUCCCUUGGUUAUGUGGAUAUUUCUGAAUAGAAAAGCUCGUGUAUUGGAUACGACAAAUACAGAGCCGUCAUACAAUCGCAUCAAUGCCGAUCGAGAAUAUACACCCAUAACAUUUGAUCUGCGUAGCUUCGAUGAUAUCCACCAUUAUUGGACAACAUUGCAGCGAAUUUGUGUCUAUACCAAACUUGGUUUUCGCAGUAGAAAUCCCGGCAAAUCGGAACGCAUUAAAGAACUUAGCUUUCUAAAUCCCGUUGAUUAUGAUGAGGCACCGCAGCAUGAUGUUGGCUAUCAGCCUGGUGAUGGAUUGGGUGCUGCCGGUUUAUCUACACAAUUAUUUGCCCACACCUUCCGCAAUUGGUCAUGGUCGGUGCAGAGUAAUAAGAAAAUAAAUGUUCGCAAUUUGCGUACAGGACGUACCGCUGGAACGGGUAUUGUCCGAAGUUCGACGAAAAUUUUGCGCGUUAAGAGUAAUAAAGUGAGGCAACAAAUUGCCACAAUAAAGCGAGCGAAGGCACAAAGUUCGACCUCCAGCUCGACAGGAAAGAAUGAGAAAAAUUUAAAGAAAACUGCACCAAGAGAUGCCAUAGAUCGGGAUGCAUUGAAAAAUAUGCGUACUCUAAGGGUAUCGUGGAGCAAGGCAGAGGAUGAGGUACUGAUGAUAGCUAAAACAGCUGCGGUGUAUGUUUCAGCUCCCAUUCCCUCAUUGGGUUUACUGGCAAUGGGAAAAGUUUGUCGUGAUAUAAUACGUCACAGUUUAGGUAUCUACAAUAAGACCACACAGGCUUGCUGUAGGAGAAUGCAGUUUAUCAUAAGACAAAAGCGCCACAUUCCCCAAGUCCCCUCAUGGUUACACAUUCUGCAAACCGACGAAGUUAUACAAAAGAAAUAUGGCGAAAUGUUUUUACAAAAAUUGAAGAAAACCUAUCCAGUGCGUAGUGAAUUUAUUGACGCGUUGCUGAUACACUUCACUCUGAUUAUGUGUUAUCUAUAUAAACUGGUUAAUAACACGAAUGACCCAGCAGGCAAGUCACGAUUUUUCCUACCCGAUACCAUACAAGAAUUCCACAAACGUUAUCUUGAGCGAAUGCCAGCUCAGACAGAUGAAGAUGUCAUACUCUAUAGAAAUCCCGAUGAUAUCGACGAUCUGCAAGUUAUGAUUGUUAUGAAUGUAUUGCAUUCUUCGUUGUGUGCCUAUCGCGAUAAAACCCUAUAUAAUCUGCAAGCUUUUGAAAUCUAUAAGAACUUUUCGGAAGAAAUAUUGAAAACCGCAUUUUGUAAGGCACGCACGGAGUCUUUGGCUGUGGCCAUAAAACGUCAAAAUAUUAGUAUGUUCUCGAACCCCAUUGGUGGUCCGGCAUAUGUUCUAUCCUCAAAAUAUCGUUUGAAAUUGUUAUUUUUGCGUAUACCCUAUGGGGUUUAUGAUGCCACCUAUGAAUAUUAUGAAAAGGCUUUGGAAUGUUUCUUCAGGACGUCACCGGUUAGUAGCGGAAGUUCAAAGGAUCAUUUGGAAUUGAAAUCGCCGACGUUGGGUCAAUUCUUUGUAAUCGGAGAAGGUUUAUCACGACAAUUAUGGUCUAUUGAAAUUAAAUUGCCUGUGAAUAUAUUAACCGUCGAUGCCGAACAAAAUCAAACGGUAAAUCCAGCAGAUCGUAUUUUAGAUCACUAUCAGAGCAUAUUUGAUAAUGCGCCACAGCAGGAAUACACCAAGGCCAUGGAAACGGAAAUUCCAGGAAAGCAAAUCCGCGUUAAAUUCCAUCCGGCCAAUUUAAGUUAUAAAAUCAACUAUACACCCUUCGAUUUGAUUUCAAAACUUCCCUCGAGAUAUUUACAUUUCUUUUGUGCCUUAGACUAUAUGGAUCAAGAGAUUGAAAUUAAUUUCAGUAAAUUACAACGCGAAGAUGAGGAUGGUCAAAUAGUCACAGAGUGCCCUUUUAAAUGCAUCUUUAAAUCAGCAGAUUAUCUUGCCGAAAUUAAUCGUAUUGUACGUGAAAAGAAAUCAGUAUUGAAUUCCCUCACCGAAAUGGCACCACAAAAAUUAUUAAAUUUAGCCACAAGUGGCCUUUCGAUGAAAGUGUAUACAUCGAAUUUAUUAACCUUAAUACGAAUGCUCGAAUCAUUUUGGUAUGAAAAGGAGUUGCAGUAUGAACGUAAAGAUUUGGGCAAACAAGUUAGUGUUUUGAAAUCGACCAAUACAAUCGAUUGGAGUGAGCUGUGUAAUGAAAUUUUACAAUUUAACGUGAAUUUGGACGAUGAUUACGAUAAGACAGAUGAAUAUGAACCGACGCUGAAUAAGGAUGAACGGGUGAUUCGAGCUCAAGAUGUAUUUGUGGUCAAUUUACCGACAAUACAAAUAAAGGCCAACAAGGCAAUAACCGAAAGCUUGGAUACAAUUGUUUAUAAUGGUGACUUGAUGGUGCCAAAGAAAAUGAUUUUCACCGAACAACAGAGGGAGGCGAUAUUGAAGAAAAUUUUAGACGAGGCCUAUUUUAAAUACAAUGACAAGACUCUUGAAAGCCUUAAAGCUAGAAUGAUUGAAUGCAAUUUUUCGGAAAUGGAACAAAAACAUUUGGAAGAAAUUCAUAACUAUAUUGAAAAACACAAGCUGGGUGUAUCCAUACUGGAUUUACAGAAAGAAUUCCCUUACGAACAAUUUCUGCUAAAGGCUCUCAAUUUCUUAACCUCCGAGUUUUUGAUAAAACGUGUGGGUGUUGCAAAUUUUAUGUAUGUUCACAAAAACUAUGUACGAUCAUGGGUGGUACAUACAUUCAAUUUGAAGCGCUUGGAUAGAGAAAAUUUGGGUACUUCAACGGCGGCUCUUAAGAGAACAUAUGAACAAAUGAAUGCGGGAGACCAGGAAGAUGGUGAUACAAUACAAGAAUCUGCUAAAAGAAAAGCUAUAGAUAAUAACACAGAUGAAGACACUAAUGGAAGUAAUGAAAUCCAAAAUGAAGAAACGAAGACCAGUAAACGAAUUUCCAAGCCCGUCAAUCGUUAUAAUCCAACAAAAGUCGAAUCAAAUAUGAGUAUAAAUAACACUAAAGAAAGGGAGGUCAUUGUUAUGAAACCCGUUCCCUGGAUACGUUUAAAUGGCUCAAUAAAUCGUCGAGUUUUAGAUCGAUGGAUGGGUUCCAUACUCUGCGAAUGUAUUGCACGCAAUGGCUGUAGUGUUAUGGAUAUAUGUAUACGAUUCUCACAUAUGUUUCCCACAGAUAUUAUGUUUCUAUUGGAGAUAUUAAGUGAUAUAGGAUGUUUAAACUUGAAACAAAUUCAGCAGCAAGAGGUCGAUAUUUUCUCAACAUAUGAGAAAAUAAAAGAAUCUCCUGUUCCAUUUGUUUUUGAUCCCGAGACUACGUAUAUUUAUACGCAUGGUGAUGCCUGUUUGCGUUAUUCAUUGUUCAUUGGCAAGAAGAAAUAUUCAGUUGAGUUUAUAUAG